GAGCCUCUCCCCCUCGCCUGCACAUUGAGGGCCGGGCGGCCCCUAUGAAAGGACAAAUUAAAAACCCACCAAAUUAGAGUCAGCAAAACCUGUUAACCUUAAAACAAAACUUCCAGUUAUUUCACCAGCCAAAGAUGGGCUUAUUUCGGAAUAAAAGAGAAUUGUAAUCCAGGACGAACAAACUACGCAAAGCCGUAGGCAAAGGACAAAGAAGAGGUACCCACUGUUAUGGAGAAAAGAGACACUGUCACUGCACUUACAAGUGAAAUGAUAAUCACUUCUUGGCAAGUAGAUGAGAUCACAGACCAAACCUUUAUCUCUGGCAUAAGUGUCCUAUCGAGAUGCUUCGCAGAUGCUGUGGCGGCCGUCCUUGUCCUGGGAGCAAAUCUAAACUGUGUAAAUAGCUUUUCUUUUCAGGCACCGGUGACCUUCAAAGAUGUGGUUGUCACCUUCACUCGGGAGGAGUGGGAAUUACUGGACCUGCCCCAGAGGACACUGUACUGGAAGGUGAUGAGGGAGACCUGCAGGCUUCUGGUCUCACUGGAUGACAAGGCAAAAACCAGUACCACAGAGCUUUCUGCUUCUCAGCCAGCCUUGUUUGAGGGAUGCUCACCCCACAGGUUACUGACUGAGGACGACUCCAGUGUUUCCACAUUGGGAGAAGCCGGGGAACAAGAAAGACCAUCGGAAAAACAGGGAGGGCACCUAAGGGCAGGGACAGUCCCCUACAAGGAAACCCUCCCUGGAAAGGUGAACCCUGAAUGUGAUGAUUUGGGAACAGGUAAAAAUCUGUGCCCAAAAGAUUUACAGGAGCAAGUCUCUCCAGGAGAUGCUCUCCUUGAGUGUGAAUCACAUAGAUCAAGGAGAGACCCCUUGAUUCAUGGAGGGAAGAAAUCCUACAAAUGCAAGGAAUGUGGGAAAGAGUUUAUCAAGAAUCACUUCCUUCUUCAACAUCAGUGGAUUCACACUAGAGUAAAAUCCUAUAAAUGCAAAAAGUGUGGGAAGGCCUUUCUCAGGAAGGCAGAUCUCACUGGACAUUACAGCAUUCACAUUAAGAAGAAGCUCUAUGAGUGCAUUGAGUGUGAGAAGGCCUUCAGCCGCAGGUCACACCUCACAGAACACCAGCGGAUUCACACUGGGGAGAAGCCCUAUGAGUGCAUCGAAUGCAGGAAGGCCUUCGGCCGCAGGUCACACCUCACGGAGCACCAGCGGAUUCACAGUGGAGAGAAGCCUUAUGUGUGCAGUGAAUGUGGAAAGGCCUUCGCCCGCCACUCUGAUUUUAUUCGGCAUAAUAGAACCCACACUGGAGAAAAACCCUUUGAGUGCAAAGAAUGUGGGAAAGCCUUUUGUAACAGCUUUUCUGUAACUCGACACAUGAGGUGUCAUUCUGGGGAGAAGCUCUAUGAGUGCAAUGAGUGUGGAAAGACCUACAGCUACAGCUCAACCCUCACCACUCAUCAGAAGAUUCAUAGUGGAGUAAAAUCCUACAAGUGUAAGAGAUGUGGGAAGGUCUUUGACCAGAAGGCAGGCCUCAGUCAGCAUCAGAGAACUCAUACUGAGCUCUUCUUAAAGAGACCUUCUUAAAGUAACUACAGUGGCAAACUGUUUGACCGGAGGGAAGAUGUAACUUGGCAUCUGAGAGUUCACAUCCAAGGCUCCCCUGCAUACCGUGUCCUCCUUCAUGUGCACAGUUCUGUGCUAUGGCUGUAGCAUUACCUUCACCUGCGGCUGAGUGCUGACACCACAGAGACUAGAGGCCACUCUCCCAAAACACAGCGUGGUUCUCAGCAGAGGGACCUUCUUUCCAUGCCUGAGAGUGCUUUGCUGUCAUGUGGCCUGCACAGCGACCUCGGCCUCGGUUUGUCCCAAAGCAGAAGUGAUGUGCUUUGCAGUCGUUGAAGGGCCACCUUCCCUCAUGGUCCAUGUCUCCCCAUCCAGCUUUCUGUGUUUACAGGGCCCUGCUGUGCUCUUGCUGGUAUGAUGGGCAGGAGUCACGAGAAGCCCAUCCUUCGUGCCCAUUACCCCGCAUGUGCCUUGUGUCAUGGAAAUACAUGGGUGACUGAGACUUGGGCCUUGCUGUCUAGAAGGAAAAACACAUGGUAAUACAGACGUGUGGUAUGGCAACUCUGCUGCUAGACAAUACUGUGCCUGUGGUCCCUGUGUGGCCUAAUCAGGGUCAAAACUUAGGCAUGGAGGACAGAUGUCCUUUGGGAAGAGUGGUCCAGUGACUAAAGGCUUGGGCCCUCAGGACAGUUGGAAUUCGAGCACUUCCAAGCUGUGCCCCUCACCACCUGGGUGACCUCAGUCAUGUCACUUCCCCACAGGCCUCUCUUGUAAAAGUGGGAAGAUGAACGUUAAACUGUAAAGCAUGGGCAGAGGAGCAGACAGUACCAAAGGGUUAUAUCAUGCAGACCCAUGAAGGAUGGAGGAGCACCAGCUAUGUUCGAAGAUGAGAAAGAACAUUUUUGGCAAAGGGAACAGCAUGUACCAAGACCCUGAGGCAUGCAAGAACUGGCCUUAUUAGAGGAAACAGUGUGUCUGGAGGACAUGAGUGGUAAGCAGUGAGAUGGGACAGAACGGGGCCAGAUGCACAGGGCUUUGUGGGUUUUAUUCUGACUGUUCUGGGAGGCUGAGGAAGGGAUUCAGCAGGGCAGUGGCAUGAUCUUGUCUCUAAAUCUGCCCUUGGCUGCUGUGUGGAAUGUGUACUGAAGAGGGAAUAAUUGAUAUGGGAGAGAGAGAUGAGGCCACUGGGUGGUCCAGGGGUACAUUGUUAUUGGACUGGCCCAUGAUGGUGGCAUUGGAGUUGGUUUGGGAGAAGAUGACUUGGGACAUGUUAGGAGGCAGAGCCAACAGGACAUGUGCAUAAUUAGGAUGAUGGGUGAGCCCCAGGGAAUGACUUUCCCUCCUCAGUCCUCAAGAGAGAGCCCUUUGCAUCCAUGGGAAUGUGACAUGGCCUGUCCUUGUGUUCCAGGUUUUCAGUCAGCACCUAGUGUGUUGAGUGAGCAAGCGAAGCUGAAGAUUACCUUUCUUGGACAGAAAAAGGCAGAGCUCCUUCUCCCCUUGAUGGUCACAUGGGCAGUGAAUUUGCCAUGACUUUAUUUCUGUGAUGCUGAGGGGCCCUGGCCCUGGCCCUGCCCCUGCCCAGAUUGGAUGAAUUUGGGCAGGAAGCCAUGCAGGGCUGAUGAGCACCCUUCUCAGCUGUGCUUCUUACUAGUGGCCAUGACAGCACAACUCAGGGACUUUUUGGGUUCUUGGUUUCUUCCUCGGUAAACUGGAUGAGCUAAUAUCCUUUGUGAGUCUCAGCUUCAUUACCUACGAAACAAGACUGUUGACUGAUGCACCUCACCAAGUGGUUAUGCAGGUUAAAGGAUAGCGUUGAAAAGUACCUGGUGUCAGCUUUGUGGAUAUUCUUAAAUGUUAGCUGUUGUUAAAAUUAUUUUCACUAAUGUUACCCCUUCAUGCCAUCCUAUUCCUUUCUCAUCAGGAGAUGUGCUGAUAGGAUUUGUUUGUAAAAAUAUACUGCAGGUCCUGAUGACGUCUCAGCUGAUUUUAGACCUUAAGAUGUUUGAUCAUAAAUUCUGGUGACCCUCAGCGUAAGGUCUUGGUUCCCCAGCAACCAACGCCAGGACGUUCUUUGCCCCCUGGUGUCUUUCCCUGGUGGAGAUGGGGUGGCUGAGGAUGCCAGAGAAUGUUAGUUGUUCUUUGAAUGGAAAUUCAAAACCUGCCCUUGAAAUUUAUUGAUGAAGAUUAAGUAUCUUGUGAAGGGAGGUUUUAACCAUCAAAAAGUACUGACUGUUAAUUUAUUUCAUACUUACGUAAUGUAAUAUUUUACAUAUUUGGGUUUAAAUACAUCCUCUUAUUUUGUGGCUUUCUUUGCCUCACUUGUUCUUUUUCCGGUCCUUAAAAAAAAUAACUGUUACUUACAAUCCAGAUUUUUUAAAAAUUCUAGUUUAAAAAGCUUAUUCUGUUUGUUAUUGUUUAAGCUAAAAUUUACAAACACUUACUUAAAAACAGUAGAGCACAGACUUAUCAAUGCUUUUCUUCCUUCCCAGGCAAAAUAACGGACUUGGAAGUUUAACUAGUAUCCUCUAUCUCAGUAUAUGCGUUGAGAUUAUGCAUGUUAAUUCCAUCAAUCUGACUGCAAAAGGAAAUGUUAUUCAUGUUUAAUGCAAAUAAUGAGCAGAUGUAUCAAUCCACAUAUGCAUUCCCCUCUUGGGUCCUCAUUCCUUCUAUCAUUGUAAAUAUUUCAUCUGAGAUUACUUUCCAAAGUUCUUAAAUAUAACCUUUAGGAUUUCAUUUUGUGUGUGUUAAUCUUCCAUUAAA